AUGACCACCUCCCACCUGAACGGCCAUGUGUCGGGGGAGGGAGGGGAUGAUGAUCUGAGGUCCGGACACAGAGAGAUGGCUGUGGACUGUCCUGGCGAUCUGGGCAGCCGCACUCUACCGCUUCGCCGCUCCGCACAGCUGGAGAGGAUACGCCAACACCAGGAGGACCUGCGGCGACGGCGGGAGGAGGAGGAUCGGCAGCUGGACCUAAACACGUCGCUUAGACUCCGGAAACUUGCCCAGAAUCCUCAGAUCGGCAUUGACAACCCCUCGUUCCUCCAGGACUCCCCUCAGCCCCUGCCCCUCAGCCAGGCACACGCUCUGCUUGAGUUGGAGGAGUUGCUGUUUUCACUGAAGCAGGUCCGGGGCUGCCUGUCCGAUCAGCAGAGUCAGAAUGACAUAGAGCUGGUCCUUGCACUGUUACACAAGUCUGAUUUCCAGUCCGCUCUAAAGAUCCACAAUGCGGUGGCGAGCAGUAUGCACAAACCCUCCCCUCCAUAUCCGCAAACGCCGCAGGCUCUUCCUCUGGCCAUGGAGGUCCGGAACCUUAUCCAGACGAGUUCGAACAAAGAUGGCUUUGAACUGCACACAAUCCUGUCCGAUGCACACUUACAGUCGUUACUGUUGGCCCACGACACCGUAGCAGAAACGGAGAUGCAGCCUGAAGCAGUGCCCACUCAGGGGGAGACAAUGACACAGUGGGGCGGGGAGACCGUGAAGCUCGUCCGCAUCGAGAAGGCCCGAGACAUUCCCCUGGGGGCCACUGUUCGGAACGAGAUGGAGAGUGUUGUGAUCAGUCGCAUCGUUCGCGGAGGAGCGGCUGAAAAGAGUGGACUCCUGUCUGAAGGAGACGAGAUUCUAGAAAUCAACGGCAUCGAGAUCAGGGGGAAAGAUGUCAACCAAGUCUUUGACAUCCUUGCCGACAUGCACGGCCUCCUGACCUUUGUGCUCAUUCCCAGCACUCAGAGCAAGCCUCCUCCUGUUAAAGAAUCCGUGGUCCAUGUAAAAGCAUAUUUCGACUACGACCCCUCGGAUGACCCGUACGUCCCCUGCAGAGAGUUGGGGCUGUCCUUCCAAAAGGGGGACAUCCUCCACAUCAUCAGCCAGGCCGACCCAAACUGGUGGCAGGCGUACAGAGACGGAGAUGAGGACAACCAGCCGCUCGCCGGACUAGUGCCAGGGAAACAUUUCCAGCAGCAAAGAGAAGCCAUGAAACAAACAAUAGAAGAAGACAAAGAGCCAGAGAAACCUGGGAAAUUAUGGUGUGCAAAACAGAAGAAAAAGAAGAGGAAGAAGAUGCUUUAUAACACGCACAGGAACGAUGAUGUCGAAAGUGACGAGAUCCUGACGUAUGAGGAGAUGGCGUUGUAUCAUCAGCCGGCGAACAGGAAGCGCCCUAUCGCUCUGAUCGGACCUGCGAGCUGCGGACAGAGCGAGCUGAGGACACGACUGCUCAACAACCAUCCAGACAGAUUCUCCGGAGCCGUGCCCCACACGACACGGAGCCGGCGCGACGGCGAGCUGAGCGGCCGUGAUUAUCAUUUUGUGUCGAAACAAACCUUUGAGGCGGAGCUAGCUGCUGGGAAGCUGAUCGAGUCUGGAGACUUUGAUAAGAAUCUUUACGGGACGAGCACAGACUCUGUGCGACAGGUCAUCAACACUGGAAAGAUCUGUGUGCUCUGCCUGCACACUCAGGCUCUGAAAGUGCUGCGGAGUUCAGACUUAAAACCUUACAUAAUCUUCAUCGCUCCUCCGUCACAAGAGCGACUGCGCGCCCUGCUGGCGAAAGAAAACAAAAACCCCAAGCCUGAGGAGCUGAGGGACAUCAUAGAAAAAGCCCGCGAGAUGGAGCAAAGCAGCGGACACCUGUUUGACGCCAUCAUCGUGAACACGGACCAGGAAAAGGCCUUCAGCGAACUCCUGAGACUCAUCAACAAACUGGACACGGAGCCGCAGUGGGUGCCUGGCUCCUGGCUACGCUAA